AUGUCCUCGGAUAUGCGUGACGAGCGUUUCUUUUAUCAUCGAUAUCUUUCCGUUACAAAUAGAACAACUCCAACUACGGCAACAAACUUGCCAACAUCGACAUCGAACAUGCGAUCUACGAGUUUGAUGACACCAAGGGUUGCACAUACUUCAAUGUCAUCUGGAGGAGAUUUUCCCGACGACCGUUUUUUCCAUGCUCGUCAUCAGUCCGCUACGGAUAGAGCAGCUUCAAAUAGAAGCAGGGCGAUCAUGCCCAUAUCGACAACAAACGUGCCAUCAUCCACAUCAAACUCACCUAGGGUUUUGCAGACCUCAAUGUCGAGACGAGGUACCUCGCCAAUGUCCUCGUCGACGAGGAGGAGUGUGCAAGCAUCCAUGUCAGCACGAGAAACCGUACCAUCGUCGACAUCAACGAGGAGCAUGCAAACGUCUACGUCAACCCCGGAAAUUAUGCCUACAUCAUCAAGAAAUGUGAUAACAAGCAGCGAAGAAGUAGCAAAUACAUUCACUCAAACUUCUUACAUACAAUUUGGGAGCCUGUGGGAGACGAAUACAACUCCUUCAACUAGGAGUUGGCCGACCGUGCCAUCAUCAAACUCACCUAGAGUUUUGCAGACGUCAAUGUCGAGACGAGGUACCUCCCCAAUGUCCUCGUCGACGAGGAGGAAUGUGCAAUCAUCCAUGUCAGGACGAGAAACCGUAUCAUCGUCGACAUCAACGAGUAGCAUGCAAACGUCAAUGUCAACACCGGAAAUUAUGCCUACAUCAUCAAGAAAUGUGAUAACAAGGAGCGAAGAAGUAGCAAAUACAUUCAGUACUCAAACUCCUUACAUACAAUUUGGGAGGCUGUGGGAGACGAAUACAACUUCUUCAACUAGGAGUAGGACUACCGUGCCCACAUCGACCACAAACGUGCCUUCAUCAAACUCAUCUAGGGUUUUGCAGACGUCAAUGUCGACACGAGGUACCUUCCCAAUGUCCUCGUCGACCAGGAUGAGUGUGCAAGCGUCAAUGUUGGCACCAGGAACCGUAUCAUCGUCAAUGUCAACAGUAGAGAUUAUGCCUACAUCGGCAAGAAAUAUGAUAACAAUGAGUGAAGAAGUAGCAAAUUCAUUCACUCAAACUUCUUACAUACAAUUUGGGAGCUUGUGGGAGACGUUUAAAACUGUAACAAAGUUGUCGCGUGUAGCGAUGGUGGAGAAUGGAGAGUGUGUGAUAUGUCUGGAGGAAUGGCGCAAAGAAACGUACGUAACAUCAUCGACAUCGAACAUGCGGACAUCGAGUUUGAUGACACUAACGAGGUUCAUCGAUGAGCAAAUAUCUUUACGAGCAACCGUUUCGUCGACGAGGACGACCGCACGGUUGUUGACUAAUGAAUCGCCGGCAACGAUACGGGCGGUAGCGAUGUUACCACGUGUAGCGAUGGUGGAGAAAGGAGAGUGUGUGAUAUGUUUCGAGGAAUGGAGCAAAAGUGAUAUGGAAACAGAGCUGCCAUGUAAACACAAGUAUCACUUGGAGUGUGUGGAGAAGUGGUUGAAGAUUCACACCUCGUGUCCUCAAUGUAGAUACAAGCUUUCUUGUGUAUAUAAAAGCUUUUUGAUGUUGUGA